GCAAAUAAGCGUCGUUACGCUUGCAACUCGCGUCCAACAGAGUCCUGUCAUUUAGUAAGCGGCAGUGCGCGGCAUCGCGCGUGGCAGGCGCCAGGCGGAGCACGGCCACCUGCUCAUGUGACAACACGGAGCGGAGCUAGGCGGGCGCGUCUCGUGCUAGUGGCAGGAUGCGGUGGCGAGCGCGCUCCACCACCUCGCGCGCCAAGGAGCGCGCGAACAUAAGUUUCUUCAUCUUCAUCAUGUUCUUCGCGGUAUUCGGAGUGAUCGUGCUUACGGAACUGCUGCUACUGGAACGCCCGCCACUCGCCUCUUCCAGGUCCCGAUAUAGCGACGACGUGCAGGGAUGGGAAGCCAAAGGCGAUUCAGGCGCGGAAGGCACGGACCCGACGCCACCGGCGCACGCGCCGCUCGACGCUGUCUGGCAGCCAGUCGCCGGCACUCGGUUCAAAUUCUUCGUAUACUCCGCAUAUAUGGAGCGACGGACGGUGGGCGCGGUGCGGAUCAUAGCGGCGACCAAGACACGCGGAGCAGACACUGUGGUCUGUCGCUUGUGGCUUCUGGACAACCGCACGAUUACUGUCAAGGCUAGAGUUAAGCCUAUACGCGAAAAUUGGAACCUCAAGUAUAGUGCGACGUACGUGCUAUGUAGCCUGAAGGACACUGGUGUCAAACCGCAGGAGACUGUUGGUGCGGCAGUGGCGGUGAUGGCUAGCGCGCACACGCAUAACGCACCUACUAACCUGCUGCCAGUACUCGACACCACGCCCAAGAGUGGCAUAGAGGAAAACCUACACGUCUGUGUAAAACCAUUCCACUACUCCUACGCCAGGGACGACUGGCUGGUGGAGUGGUUCGAGCUGAACCGUCUACUGGGGGCGAGCCACUUCUACAUGUACAACGGCUCACUGAGCGCCCCCGUAGCGUGCCUGUUAGAACAGUACCGGCGAGAGGGUCUCGUCACGCUGUUACAGUGGAAACUGCCAAUUGUUUCUAAAGUAGAGAUAAGGACGGAGGGUCAAUUCGCAGCGUUUAACGACUGCCUGUACCGCUCCAUGUCCACGGCGGGCUGGCUGCUGGUGAUCGACGUGGACGAGGCGGUGCUGCCGCGGCGCGAGCGCACGCUGCCUGCACUACUCACUGCGCUGCGGGCCUCAUACAAUACGCCGGCGAAGGCGCCCUCGGCGUUCAUUUUUAGGAACGCUUUCUUUUACUUGCGGUGGGAGGACGACGCCGACGCGCCGACGCCGCUGCUGACGUCGCGGAAGACCCGGCGCUGGGCCGCACCGCACGCGCUCAAGAACCGCAGCAAGUACGCCGUGCGGCCCAGCGCCGCUAUCGAGCUCGGCAACCACUUCCUCUGGGAGAUGGCUCCGGGCGCCAGCGCUGUGGGGGUCGCCACUGACCGCGCGUUGCUACAUCACUAUCGGAUGGCAUGCGAAUUUGGAGGUAUGCAGUGCAUCAUGGUGCCAUCCACAAUCGACCGCACUGCCCACCGGUGGGCAGAAGAGUUGAUGGCGAGAGUUACUACGGUGAAGCAAAAACUAGACAAGAUCUGCCCAGCGUAGGCAACGGUACAAGGCUGUCUGGGGAACUGGCGGACAAUGAUGUGCC